GAGGAAGAAGGGUGACUACGUAAACAAACUGGUCUGUCAGACGGGUGGGUAGCAGAUGGUGCCAAUUGGCUGCAUAAAAAAACUACAUAUAUCUACACUCAAUAAUCUUUCUGAAAAGCCGUAUCCACGCUAGCCGUGAGGGAUGAGCCACCGGUCGGAACGUCGUGGGAUCCAUGUGGACCAGUCAGAGCUGCUGUGUACGAAGGGAUGUGGUUUCUAUGGCAACACGGCCUGGCAGGGCCUCUGCUCCAAGUGCUGGCGGGAGGAGUACCAACAAACCAGACACAAACAGAUCCAGGAGGACCAUGCACUGGCAGAGAGGUUACAGAAGGAGGAGGAGGCGGCAGCGUACGCUAACAACCACCAGGGGGCAGCACAGCCCCAGCCUGCCAUCGCACCCUUCAGCAAGUUUGAAGAGAGGAAAACCAAGGAGAAGUCACGUAAAGUCAACACAAUGACUAAGUUUUUCACUCCCUCAACAAAGACACCGCCCAAGAAAGAAUUCUGCUCCACUACCACUCUCUCCCCCCAGUCACUGCGGAGGAGGUCACAUGGGGCAUCCAGCUAGAAUUCCUUAGAUUUUCAACCUCUCCCUGACUCAGUCUAAUACCUACAGUGCCUUCAGAAAGGAUUCAUACCAUUUGACUUAUUCCACAUGUUGCUGUGUUACAGCCUGAACUCAACAUUUAUUAAAUAUGUUUUUUCUUACCCAUCUACACACAAUACCCCAUAAUGAUAAAGUGAAAAACAUUUUCAAUGUAUUGAUAAUGAAAUAGAGAAGUAUCUCAUUUACAUAAGUAUUCACACCCCUGAGUCAAUACAUUUUAGAAUCACCUUUGGCAGCGAUUACAGAGACUUUCUGGGUAAGUCUCUAAGAGCUUUGCACACCUAGAUUGUACAAUAUUUGCCCAUUAUUAUUUUUUUCAUAGUUCUUCAAGCUCUGUCAAAUUGGUUGUUGAUCAUCGCUAGACAACCAUUUUCAAAUCUUGCCAUAGAUUUUCAAGCAGAUUUAAGUAAACUAUAACUCGACCACUCAGGAACAUUCACUGUCUUCUUGGUGUGCAUCUCCAUUGUAGAUUUGGCCUUGUGUUUUAGGUUAUUGUCCUGCUGAAAGGUGAAUUAAUCUCCCAGUGUCUGGUGGAAAGCAGACUGAACCAGGUUUUCCUAUAGGAUUUUAUCUGUGCUUAGCUCCAUUCCUUUUCUUUUUUUAUUCUGAAAAACAACCCAGUCUUUAACGAUUACAAGCAUACCUAUAACAUGAUGCAGCCACCACUAUGCUUUAAAAUAUGGAGAGCGGUACUCAGUAAUGUGUUGCAUUGGAUUUGCCCCUAACAGUUUUACUUCAGUGCCAUGAUGCAUGUUUUGGAAUAUUUUUAGUCUGUACAGGCUUCCGUCUUUUCACUCUGUCAUUUAGGUUAGUAUUGUGGAGUAACUACAAUGUUGUUGAGCCAUCUUCAGUUUUCUCCUGUCACAGCAUUUAAAUGGUGAAAAUCCCUGAGCGGUUUCCUUUGACUCCGGCAACUGAGGUAGGAAGGACGCCUGUAUCUUUGUAGUGACUGGGUGUAUUGAUACACCAUCCAAAGUGUAAUUAACUUCACAAUGCUCAAAGGUAUAUUCAAUGUUUUUUACCAAUCUACCAGUAGGUGCCUUUCUUUGCGAGGCAUUGGAAAACCUCCUGGUCGUUGUGUUUGAAAUGCAUUGCUCGACUGAGUGAUCUACAAAUAAUUGUAUGUUUUGGGGUAAAAUCAUCUUAUUGCACACAAAGUGGGUUUAUGCAACUUAUUAUGUGACAUGUUAAGCAAAUUUCUACUUAUUUAAGCUUGGCAUAACUAAGGGGUUGAAUACUUAAUGACUCAAGACAUUUCAGCUUUUCAUUUGUAAUUCAUUUGUAAAAGUUUCAAAAACAUAAUUCCACUUUGAAAUAAUGGGUUAUUGUGUGUACGCCAGUGACAAAAGAUUUUACAUUCAGGCUGUAACACAACAAAAUGUGUAAAAGGUCAAGGGGUGUGAAGGCACUGUACAUGUUUCAAGCAAACCACCAUUGUCCCUGUGCCCAAGAACGCCAAGGUAACCUGUCUAAAUGUAUAUUUCCCUGUAGAUGCGAACGACUCACAAUACCAUCAUUAAUCCAGCAUUAAGUUGGCAGACGACACAACGGUGGUAGGCCUGAUGACUGCUUGGCAUCUGACCGCAAGGCGCUACAGGGGUAGUGCGUACAGCCCAGUACGUCACUGGGGCCGAGCUCCCUGCCAUCCAGGACCUUUAUACCAGGCGGUGUCAGAGGAAGGCCCAAAACAUUGUCAGACUCCAGCCACAGGUCCCACAGUUGACCGUGCAAGUCAGAAAAAAACAAGCAAUGAGGUCAAAGGAAUUGUCCGUACAGCUCCGAGACAGGAUUGUGUCGAGGCACAGAUCUGGGGAAGGGUACCAAAACAUUUCUGCAGCGUUGAAUGUGUCCCAGAACACAGUGGCCUUCAUCAUUCUUACAUGGAAGAAGUGUGGAACCACCAAGACUCUUCCCAGAGCUGGCCGCCCAGCCAAACUGGGAAAUCGGUGAGAAGGGCCUUGGUCAGGGAGGUGACCAAGAAGCCCUAAUGGUCACUCUGACAGAGCUCUAUAGUUCCUCUGUGGAGAUGGGAGAACCUUCCAGAAGGACAACCAUCUGAAUACUUUAUACUCUCUUAUUCGUUGUCACUAUUUACAUUUUUUAUUUAAAAAAAAAUCAUUUUUUUAAACUGAGUUUUUGGAAAAGGACCCGUAAGUAAAUAUUUCACUGUUCGUCUACACCUGUUGUCUAUGUAACAAAUAAAAAUAGAUUUUAAGACCAAAUCCCAAGGCAAACCUAAUUACAUUCAUCUGUGAGGCCAUAUAGAGGAGAUCAAAUCACCACGCCUUAACCCUUAGCCUGCAAUUUCCACGCCUCUGCGGAAAUCUAAUUAACAUACAAAAAAAAUCCCAAUCAAAAUCCGUCUGUUUUAAGCUAGAGAGAUAUAUUGGUGAAAAGGUACCAGAGCUCGAGCAGUAUUUGUCAGACAUGAGACAUCCUGAAAAUUGGUCUUCUCACAAACGUCUGUAGUGUAAAAAAACAAAAAAAUCUAAUCUCUCAGAUAUAUGGCAGACACUUCAGAAUAAACUUACUUUAGAUUUUUUUUGGGGGGGGGACUGUUCCAUGCAGUGAAUCUGUUACUCAAUGUGUUAUUAUUGGCUAAUAGCAGUAAUGUUGAAUAAAAAAAAUAUAAAAAAAUAAGAUACAUUUUAAGGGUAAAAUCAAUACACUAAAUAGUUGUUGGUAUGACCAUCUUAAAACAAGUCUAAGUGUUAGUUUAGAACCCUUCCCCCAGCUUAGACUCUAGAGGGUUUUAAAGACAGAACUUCAGAUAAUACAGGACAAGCCAUGGUUGAUGUAAUUCAUGUUGAACCAUUUAUUUGAUGCAUAGCAAAAAGUAACGAAACACAAAUUGCAGAAGGAUGUUGUGUGAAAUCACAACUCUGCAAGCUGUGCUGGUCAAGGAUGAGAUGAAUAGAAAGCCCACCCUUGUUUUUCUGUACUUUAUAUCAAGCACCUAAGGAUUAUUGUACAUACACCGGUAUAUCAUUCCCUCCAUUAUAAACUCAGCAAAAAAAGAAACGUCCCUUUUUCAGGACACUUUCUUUCAAAGAUAAUUCGUAAAAAUCCAAAUAACUUCACAAAUCUUCAUUGUAAAGGGUUUAAACACUGUUUCCCAUGCUUGUUCAAUGAACCAUAAAAAAUAAUUAAUGAGCAUGUACGUUCUGUGUGUGAUUUCCUACAAGACCGGCAUGUCAGUGUUCUGCCAUGGCCAGCGAAGAGCUCGGAUCUCAAUCCCAUUGAGCAUGUCUGGGACCUGUUGGAUCGGAGGGUGAGGGCUAGGGACAUUCCCCCCAGAAAUGUCCAGGAACUUGCAGGUGCCUUGGUGGAAGAGUGGGGUAACAUCUCAGCAAGAACUGGCAAAUCUGGUGCAGUCCACGAGGAGGAGAUGCACUGCAGUACUUAAUGCAGCUGGUGGCCACACCAGAUACUGACUGUUACUUUUAUUUUGUCCCCCCCACCUCCCCUUUGUUCAGUGACACAUUAUUCCAUUUAUGUUAGUCACAUGUCUGUGGAACUUGUUCAGUUUAUGUCUGUUGUUGAAUCUUGUUAUGUUCAUACUAAUAUUUACAAAUGUUAGGUUUGCUGAAAAUAAACACAGUUGACAGUGA